UGUUAAAAUAACCGUCCCCUUCAGGCUUUUAUUUUGAAGACAUAUUUUUAAUGCUACGGGAAUGUAGCCGUAAGGGGACACAAGCCAGUGUCUUAUUGUGCCGGUCCCAAGCCCAGAUAAAUACAGAGGGUUGUGUCAGGAAGGGCAUCCGACGUAAAACUUUGGCCAAAUCAAACAUGUGAAUCAAAUGUAUGACUUCCAUACCGGAUCGGUCAAGGCCCGGGUUAACAACGACCGCCAUCGGUGCUGUCGACCUACGGGGUGCUGGUGGAAAAUGGACGACUGUUAGUCGAAGAAGGAGAGGAGGAAGGUGUGUUCGUAGGAAGAGAGAGAAGAGGAACACCAAGAGUCUAGGACUAAGAGUAGGGACUUUGAAUGUUGGAACUAUGACAGGAAAAGGUAGAGAGCUGGUUGACAUGAUGCAGAGAAGGAAGGUGGACAUACUGUGUAUCCAGGAGACCAGGUGGAAAGGUAGUAAAGCUAGAAGUUUAGGAGCAGAGUUCAAGUUGUUCUAUCAUGGUGUAGAUAGGAAGAGAAAUGGAGUAGGAGUUAUCUUGAAGGAGGAGUUUGUUAGGAAUGUCCUGGAGGUAAAAAGAGUGUCAGAUCAAGUGAUGAGCCUGAAGCUAGAAAUCGAAGGUGUGAUGUUCAAUGUUGUUAGUGGGUAUGCUCCACAGGUAGGAUGUGAGCGGGAGGAGAAGGAGAAAUUCUGGUUGGACCUUGAUCAAGUGAUGCAGAGCAUCCCUAGAAGUGAGAGAGUUGUCAUUGGUGCAGACUUCAAUGGACAUGUUGGUGCAGGAAACAGAGAUGAUGAGGAGGUCAUGGGCAGGUUUGGUAUCCAGGAGAGGAACGCAGAAGGACAGAUGGUGGUUGACUUUGCAAAAAGGAUGGAAAUUGCUGUAGUGGAUACUUUCUUCCAGAAGAGGCAGGAACAUAGGGUGACCUAUAAGAGUGGAGAUAGGAGCACACAGGUAGACUACAUCUUGUGUAGCCGGUGUAAUCUGAAGGAGAUCAGUGACUGCAAAAUAGUGGCAGGUGAGAGUGUAGCCAGACAGCAUAGGGUGGUGGUGUGUAGGAUGGCCCUGGUGGUGAAGAAGAUGAAGAGGGCAAAGGCAGAGCAGAGGACCAAAUGGUGGAAGCUGAAAAAGGAAGAGUGUUGUAUGACUUUCAGGAAAGAGUUGAGACAGGCUUUGGAUGGUCAGGAGGUGCUUCCAGAUGACUGGACAACUACAGCAAAUGUGAUCAGGGAGACAGGUCAGAGAGUACUUGGUGUGUCAUCUGGUAGGAAAGGAGAUAAGGAGACUUGGUGGUGGAAUGAGGAGGUACAGGAGUGGAUGCAGAGAAAGAGGUUAGCUAAGAAGAAGUGGGACACUGAGAGGACUGAAGAGAGUAGACAGGAGUACAGGGAGAUGCAGCGUGAAAGUAGAGGUGGCAAAGGCCAAACAAGGGGCUUACGAUGACUUGUAUGCUAAGUUGGACAGUAAGGAGGGAGAGACUGAUCUGUACAGGUUGGCAAGGCAGAGAGACACAGAUGGGAAGGACGUACAGCAGGUUAGGGUGAUAAAGGAUAAGGAUGGAAGUGUGUUGACAGGUGCCAAUAGUGUGUGGGGAGGUGGAAAAAGUACUUUGAAGAGUUGAUGAAUGAGGAAAAUGAGAGAGAACGAAGAAUAGAAGAGGUGACUGUUGUGGACCAGGAAGUAGCAAAGAUUAAUAAGGAUGAAGUGAGGAGGGCAUUGAAGAGGAUGAAGAGUGGACAGAGAAGUACAGAGAAGGUCAGAAGGAGCUGCAUUGCGUCUUUGUAGAUCUGGAGAAAGCUUAUGACAGGGUGCCCAGAGAGGAACUGUGGUUUUGUAUGAAGAAGUCUGCAGUGGCAGAGAAGUAUUUUAGAGUGGUGCAGGACAUGUAUGAGGACUGUAAGACAGUGGUGAGGUGUGCUGUAGGUGUGACAGAGGAGUUGAAGGUGGAGGUGGGACUACAUCAGGGAUCAGCUCUGAGCCCCUUCUUGUUUGCUAUGGUGAUGGACAGGAUGACAGACGAGGUUAGACAGGAGUCUCCAUGGACUAUGAUGUUUGCAGAUGACAUUGUGAUCUGUAGUGAGAGCAGGGAACAGGUGGAGGAGAAGCUAGAGGCAUGGAGGUUUGCCCUGGAAAGGAGAGGAAUGAAGGUUAGCUGCAGCAAGACAGAGUAUCUGUGUGUGAAUGAGAGGGACCCAGGUGGAAGAGUGAGGUUACAGGGAGAAGAGAUCAAGAAUUUGGAGGAUUUUUUAGUACUUAGGGUCAACAGUCCAGAGCAAUGGAGAGUGUGGAAAAGAGGUGAAGAAGCGUGUACAGGCAGGCUGGAACGGCUGGAGAAAAGUGUCAGGUGUGAUAUGUGAUAGAAGAGUUUCAGCUAAAAUGAAAGGAAAGAUUUACAAAACUGUGGUGAGACCAGCCAUGUUGUUUGGUCUGGAGACAGUGUCCCUGAGGAAAAGACAGGAGGCAGAGCUGGAGGUAGCAGAACUGAAGAUGCUGAGGUUCUCUUUGGGAGUGACCAGGAUGGAUAGGAUCAGGAAUGAGUACAUCAGAGGGACAGCACAUGUUAGAGCCUUUGGAGAUAAAGUCAGAGAGGCCAGACUGAGAUGGUUUGGACAUGUCCAGAGGAGAGAGAGUGAAUAUAUUGGUAGAAGGAUACUGAGUUUCCCACUGCCAGGCAGGAGGCCUAGAGGAAGACCAAAGAGGAGGUUUAUGGAUGUGGUUAAAGAGGACAUGAAGGUAGCUGGUGUGAGAGAAGAGGAUGCAGCAGACAGGGUUAGAUGGAGGCAAUUGAUUCGCUGUG